AUGGUUCGCGUCGUGUCGCGCACGGCGGUGUUGGGGAUUUGUCUGUUGGGCGUGUUGUCGGGGUUCGGGAUGGUGCACUUUCCGUACACGACGGUGCGGAUUUUUCACCGCGCGAUUCCGGACGCCGAGGUCUCUGGUCUCGAACGGCGUUUGGUGCAGAGCGUGGAGACGAUCGUGGAGCGAAAGAAACGCAUUGAGAUCUUGAAGUACGAGAUCGCGCGCGAGGCGCGGAUGGAGCGCGAUAGGAAUAGCAAAAAUGGAGGCGGCGGAAGUUUGUUCAACCGUCUCGCCGGCGGGUUUCGCCUUCCGGGCCUCGGCGAAGCUCGAGGGGAACAGAUCUUAGCCAUAAGCGCCGAAAUAGAGGCGCUAGAGAUGGUGAACAACACUCUGUUCUUCGAUCUCCACGACGUCAACUUGCAGCGACAGCGCGCAAAGAUGUCCAAAACCCCCUACGGCCGCUUUCUCGAGCUCUGCGGCGUCGGCAUGGCCGUCGUGUGCGGCUACCGCCUCGUCGCCGGAUUCAAGCGUUUGAUUUUCAAACAAACCCCCACGAGCGAUCCAAUCUCUUUCGCUCUACACAUAUUCUUAGCCAACAAGGCCAUUCACAUCGAUCCCGCGACGUUGGCGCAGUACCUCAGCCUGCUCUUGAUCGCCUUCCUCGUCAUCAACUCGAUGCAAAACUUCAUCACCCAGCUCGUCAAGCUCUUCUUCGCCUACGGCGGCGGCGUCACCACGGACGCCCUGGUGCUAUUCACCACCGAGAUGGUCGGUCUGUACUUCCUCUCCUCCGUGUUAUUAGUCCGAGAGCAGCUUCCCGAGCGUUACCGCCACGUCGUCACCGAGGCGCUCGGCGCCGACUUGGAGUUUCGCUUCUACGCCAAAUUCUACGAGCUCAUCUUCAUGGCGAGCGCCGCGCUCACCGCCAUCGCGCUCUACGCCAAGCACGUCACCGCCACCGUCACCGCGGACGUCUCCAAGCCCGUUCGUCGCGCGUGA